AUGACGAUGGAGCGGUUCUGGAUUGGGGCCGGACAGUCCUGGGAGGUCAACGGGGCGAUGGUAGUUGGCCCCGAUCCAGAACAGAGAAUUCAGUGUGGCGUUGUCAAAUCCUGUCAAAACGGUUCAGAGAUCCUACAUCUGAUAGCAUGGGAUCCCGACGAGGGGCCCAAUGGUGUAGUGACCUUCUCCUUGAAGGAGGAAAAUUCUGGAAGCUUUUAUGUUGAUGGCUCUACUGGUGUGAUAAGGCUCACAAAGCCAUUGGACCGUGAAACUUGUUCCCAGCAUGUUUUCCGUGCUGUAGCUACUGACGGCUGCAGCCAGGGUCCACGCAGCUCAGUCGCUACGGUUACAAUACAAGUGGAAGAUAUUAACGACAAUUCACCGGCAUGCAUUAACAAGCCCAUGCGGGUGUCAGUGUCUUCCAUAACCACACGUCCCAGUCGACCCAUCAUAACGGUUACAGCCCAGGAUCCAGACCAUGGAGACAAUGGGACAAUAGUUUUUAGCUUAGCAGACGAAGAUGAGAUGUUUCAGGUUGAUGAGUCUGGAGCUGUGAGGUUGAAAGCCCCCCUGAGUAAUGAGGUGUAUGGGACAAAGCUGCUCCGAAUACGGGCUGCGGAUCUAGGUAGACCUUCCCUCACCUCUAGCUGCCUUGUGCUCAUUCAGCUUAACGGAGAAGAGCCACUGUUACAGUUUACUGAAGAACUCUAUGAAGUCACGAUGCCAGAGAACAGCAAGACGGGUUCUUGGGUGGCAAAUGUUGUAGCUCAUGACCUGACAACAGAUGAAGGAACGAUCAAAUUUCAGUUUGAUUUGAGGACACAGGCUGUGUCCUUUGACGCCAUAUCAAUCAUUAAGCCAGGUCUUAAUGUCGCAUGA